AGAGUGCAGUGUGCAGGCAGUGUCAGCAGGAGCGAGCUUGCGCCUCUGUCUCUCUCUCCCUUUCUAACACCAAAGGGGAAAGCAAGCUUCAAGUUCAGUGAACAUCCACAGCAUCUAGGAUUUCUCUCUCUUUCCCCCCACCUCAAAUUACUUCUGCAAAUGAAUGCUGCCUAACCUCCCCAAGGAAAAAAACAUGGGCACUGGGGAUUAUAUCUGCAUCACCAUGACUGGAGGAGCACCCUGGGGCUUUAGACUUCAAGGUGGCAAGGAAGAAAAGCAGCCUUUGCAGAUUGCCAAGAUUCGCAAUAAAAGCAAAGCAUCCAAGGCUGGGCUGUGCGAAGGGGAUGAGGUGAUAUCUAUCAAUGGCAACCCUUGUGCCGACUUGACCUAUUCUGAAGUUAUCGCUCUGAUGGAAGGCUUGGCUGACACUCUCCAGAUGCUUAUCAAGAGAUCUUCCAGUGGAGUGAAUGAGUCCUUCAGUCCUGAAACAGAAAAUGACAGUGACAUUAAAAAUGAGGAAUAUAAAGAGAGCACUACCCUGCAGAUCAGAACAGCAGCCCCCAGACCUCACCAACAACUGCAGAUCAUAGGCGCAACCCAUGAAACACUCCAGAAAGAGCAGCAAAGCGAUGCCGAAAGAGAUAUCACCCCUUCUCACAAAAUCCCUCCCAAAGUGAUAGAAGCCCCUAAAACACACUUCAUAGAGGUGCCUGCUUUCACCGGGGAAAAGCCAGGACCAACAGUUGAGCUCCAGUUGUCCCUCUUGCAUGGCAAACACAAAGGCAGCAGUGUUCCCAGUCUGACCGUCCUGGGAGCUGAACAGCACAAGUCCUCAGAAGCGGGAGCCACCCUACUGCAAGAUGGGACUAGCUGGCUGACUGCAGGUCCCGCGGCUGAAAAAGACCACGCUGUCCAGUGGUCAAGCAGAACAUUCCAGGCUGCUGGCGACAAAGAGGUCAAAGCAGCCCUCAGAGCUGAGACAAAGGAGCCGUCUCUCACCAAGGUAGAGGUGAUCCUAGACUGCUCUGACAGGGCAAAGGAAGAGUUUGGGUCUCUGGCCGAAAAGGGGUGUGUGGAUUCUCAAGUGGAAGGAGGGCAGUCAGAAGCACCUCCUUCUGUAGUCUCCUUCGGCAUCUCGUCAGAAGGCACAGAGCAGGGAGAAGACGACCAGCACUCUGAAAGGGAACAUAGCAGACCUCACAAACACAGGGCAAGGCACGCCAGGCUCAGACGGAGCGAGAGUAAGUCAGAGAAGCAGGUGAAAGAAGCCAAGUCUAAAUGUAAGAGCAUUGCCCUCUUGCUGACAGCAGCUCCAAACCCCAAUUCCAAGGGGGUGUUGAUGUUCAAGAAGCGUCGCCAAAGAGCUAGGAAAUAUACGUUGGUCAGCUACGGGACUGGGGAGCUAGAACGUUACGAGGACGAGGGCGAAGAAGACGAAGGUGAAGAAGGUGAGAAAGAGAACGCUUUUGAAAUUACCUUGCUAGGCACGAGUGAGUCGGAAAUCGAUGAAGAUUUCUUCUCCGACAUUGACAAGGAAGACCGGAUUGUGACAUUUGACUGGGAUACUGGACUGCUUGAGGUUGAAAAGAAACCAAAAAGUGGGGACGAGAUGUCUCAGCUGCUUCCAGAAAGCAAGGGCAAGGGGGCAGUCAUGUUUGCCAAAAGGCGUCAACGGUUGGACCAGAUCACAGCUGAGCAAGAGGCAAUGAGGAUGCAGGCAGGGCACAGCUCCUCUGAGGAACACCAGACAGCCACAGCAACCGAGAGCACCUACAAAAUGAGCUCCUCCUCAUAUCAGGCAAAACAGGAAGAAUCUUCCCGGGUGAAAAGCCACGUUAGCAAAAGCUACAUAGAAGUGAGCCACAGUCAUGGUGCAGCAAUUCAGCAAAAUGGCAUCGGGAUCACUCCCGAAGCAAACCUGAUGUACCCAACCUCAGAAGCCCUUAAGACUGCUGCUUCCAACAGAACAGCCAAGCCUUUCCCUGGUGUACAAAACAGAGCAGCGGCUCCGUUUUCUCCCACCAGAAGCAUGACGAGCCCUCUGUCAGAUCUCCCUGCACCACCGCCUUACACUUCGGUCAGCCCACCCCCUGAAACCUUAUACAGAACUGUUUUGUCUCCAGUUGCCGCCAGUCCAGCGCAGCCGGCGAUCUGGUCUCCAACAGAGUCAACAGAACAGAUCGCAUCCAGGGAUGAGAGGAUUGCGGUGCCUGCCAAAAGAACUGGAAUACUGCAAGAGGCAAAGAGAAGAAGCACUGCAAAGCCAAUGUUUACUUUCAAAGACACCCCCAAGCUGAGCCCUAACCCUGCCCUUCUGUCCCUUGUACAGAACACAGAAGGCAAAAAAGGUGGUGGUGCAGGCUUUGAAUCGGGGCCUGAAGAAGACUACCUCAGCUUGGGAGCAGAGGCCUGCAAUUUCAUGCAAAUCCAGGCAGCCAAGCAAAAGGUCCCACCUCCAGUUGCUCCAAAACCCUCGUUAAAGGUUUCUCCCACUGCCGCAACACCUGCUUCACCAGUCUGGUCACCUCCAGCCGUGGCUGUUACUCAGCCUCCUAUCUUUCCAGCUCCAAACUCACCUGAAAUGGCAGCUCCAGCACCUGUCAAAACAGCACAACCUGCUUAUCCCUCUCCCCAAACUGUCAACAUAGCACAACCUACUUAUCCCCCUCCCCAACCUGUCAACAUAGCACAACCUGCUUACCCUCCUCCCCAGCCUACUUAUUCCCCUCCCCAGCCCCCAAGUACUCUUAAGCUAGCCAGUCCUUUUAAAGGGCCUCAAACAGCAGCGCCACACCAAAAUUAUACACCCAAAACAACACCCACCACCCCAGUAGGAAAUGCUGUGCUUGCUGGCGGGGUGGGGCCAGCUUUUGAGAUGCCCCCAGCUUUGAGUGGGAAAGGAGCCCAGCUCUUUGCCAAAAGGCAGUCGCGGAUGGAAAAAUAUGUGGUAGACUCAGAAACCGUGCAGGCCAAUAUGGCGCGGGCUGGAUCACCAACUCCGUCUUUACCAGCAUCUUGGAAAUAUUCAUCGAAUGUUCGAGCACCACCACCUGUGGGCUAUAACCCCAUCUACACUCCAUCUUAUCCUCUCGCUGCUACCAAGCCACAGUCAAAGUCCCCUGCUGCUGCCAAAACUACCAAGAAAAAGCCUAAGAAAGCACUUAGUUCUUUGGAAGUUAUGAAGCACCAACCAUACCAGCUUAAUUCAUCCUUAUUUACUUUCCAAGCUCCCUCUGAUAAUAAGGAAAGUGCACUUCCUAAGCAGCCUGCGAAGUUUGACUCAGCGUCUGCCUCAAAGCAAGCUCUACCUUCAAGAUCGCUCAACGCCGGUUCUCCUUCUAAUGUCCGGGAAUCUUCAGUGUACUCUGUACCAGCCUACACUUCACAACCUUUCUUCCAGUUGAAUGCCUCUAGCCCUGUCAUUGAGUCCUGUGCGUCGACAGGCUACCCUUCUUUUUCAAAGCAAGAACCAGCAGCAUCCUCUAUGUUUACUGCUCCCAGGCCAAAGUUCUCAGCCAAGAAAGUUGGUGUCUCAGCACAGGAAAGAGGCGGAGAACGGUCUUUAUCACUCCCUGGAUGGCCACCUUCAGCCACUUCACGAUCCAUGUCCCCUGUCUCUCCUGUGGUGUUUCAACCUGUUCCUGAUUAUUUUAGCAAACCACCUCCUGCAGCUGAUAAGCCUGGGAAGAGGCUGACUCCUUGGGAAGCAGCCGCCAAGUCCCCUCUUGGGCUGGUGGAUGAUGCCUUCGGCCCACAGACCAUUCAAGAGUCGAUAGCUGCAAAUGUUGUGUCUGCUGCUCGCCGGAAAACACUGCCUGCGCCGCCGGACGAGUGGAAACAAAAAGUGGCUUAUGAGCAUCCUGCUCCCAGUGCCCAUGCAAAAUUAGCUUCGUUUGGAAGGAGCCAGUCAGCGGCCUUUUUCCCUGCAAAGAGCACAGUGUCUGCUCCGAGCUCCACUGCCCCCUGCAGCUCUCGUCUACAGUAUGCAUACUAUGGCCAACGUGCCCAGACAGAUCCUGACAUGGUCUCCAUGGAUUCCAGGUCUGAUUACUACCUGUCACUAGCUGACUCCAACUAUAAUCCACUUCCAAAGGGAUGGAGGCGCCAAACAUGAAAAGCGGAAGGCCCUCUUUUAGCUUCUCUUCUUGAAGUUCUACAAGUCUUAGAUUCGAGGGGGGAUUGAAAAUGUGAAGAAGUGUGUGGGACAGGUGUUGGCUGGCCUGAUAAGAUAUUGACAAAAGAGAUCAAGCGUGACCUAAAAUGUAGCACAGCAUCCAUGCUGUGGAUCCAGUAGCACGACAGCUUUUGAUCCCAGCUUCAGAGCUUUUCUUUGUCUUUGGGUGCAUGUGUGUGUGUUAAAAGGAAAUCAAAUUUGUGGAAGAAUGAAAUUCAAAGGUGAAAGCUUCAGCUGGGAAGAGUGCAACAAUUGUGGGAUUUGAAUGUUUGUAAAUUAACCAAUGAGCCUUUAUCAAGAACAUAUCCUUGGGUCUUUUGAAAAGCUGCCUUUCUGUUUUCCAUCCCUGGUCUCUGUUCAGUGUAAAUGUCAUCACUGACUUAAAACAGUUUCACAGGGGUUGGAUUUUUGACUAAGUCAAAUGGGGCUUUCCCUAGCAAAUCAUGGAUUAGGGAAGGGCAGGAGCAAGCAAAGAUUUCCUAAGUGAGGGAUAGCCUCUUGAUGUUGUUGGGCUCCAGCUCCCAUCAGCAUGGCCAAUGGUCAGGGAUAAAAGGAGUUGUAAUCCAGCCAAUCAGAGUUGACAAUGCUGAACCAGGUGAACAAAUAGUCUAAUGGUAUAUGGCAGCCUCCUAAAUUCAUGCACAACUUGUUGUUGAGCUCUGCUCCUACUUAUAAAUAUCAAAACCAUAUUUGCAUGCAAAUUGCAGGUACAGUAGACCUUUCUAAAGGGAUGAACUGUGACAAAUUUCCGGAAGAUAGUUGCAAGGACAGACUUUAGCAUUUUGAGGAAGGGUGGAAAUUGCUCCUCUAAGGGUGUGGUUUUUUAUGACGGGGCAAUCAGGUUGAAAACUGGAGACAGGAGGGAGGUUCCCCUGAGUAAGAAACCUGUUAAAGCUCAGGCAAACAGUUCCCAAAGUUGUAUGUUACUGGCAUUUUUUUAAAAAGAGGGGGGGGGAAAGCUGGGAAAUCACAAUUUUUAAUCGUCACCCCCAACCCCUGUUCUGAAAGUGGACUCCAGAAGGGGUGAGUACAGCUUCCGUCAUUCUUCAUCAUGCUGCUUUGGCCUGAUUGAAGUUGGAAUCAGACAACAUCUAGAAGACCGCAGGUUCCCCACCUCUGCCUUAGAGCAACACUGCUUGCUGUCUGAUGCUACUCCAAAAUAUUGAAAACCUGCAAUUCAUCCUGAUAAACUUCCUCAUCCUGUUUACCAGUUCAAAAUUGGCAGCUAUGCUGGGGAAUAGCCUUCUUUGAAGGUUAUUCAGCUUGAAAUGCAGAGAGGUGAAUAAGAUGUGAUACUACUUUUCACAGACAUUCACAGUCUAGCAAACUAGAUGGCAAAGGAAUAAGAUGGCCUGAAGAAGUGUGGCAAUGGUUUGGUGGGUUUUUGUUGUGGUUGUUUUUGAUGGGGUGGGGGGAAAGAAACAGUAUGUUCUGUGUUCUGCCAGAUCUCUAGAAAUCUUUAAUAGUCUCUCUACAGGCAUACAUGUUGUGGACAGUGAGCCUGUUGUGGUUCAUUGCAUUUUCGAUAGCUGUGCCACCUUCUUAAAAUAACCAAACGCCUGUUUCCAGCCAAAGCUGGCUUGCAGAAUGCGGAUUGGUUGCUCCUGUGGCAAUUACAAAGUCACUCCCUCUUCUCCACCACCAGCUGGGGCAAAGUUUAUAGUGAAAUAAACAGCAGGAUUGACGCUGAAUAAACCAUUUAUCAGAUAUCCAAGCUGAGUAUUAGCAAAAAUAGCAAUUGAAAAGAAACAUAGGGUAUGAAGUGCAAAGCCAUGGAGGAUUUGAAAGCAGAUAAGUUUGUUGCAAAAGGAAGAGGUAGGGGUGGAUGUCCAUCUUGAUUUCUCUCUGUUUCCUAUUUCUCCAAUCUAAAAACAUCUUAUUACAUGGUAUAGAGACUGACCAAGCAAUUGUUUUAAAAUGGCCAUGCGACAACUCUGAUGCUGUCCAUUUUGGUAUGGGUUGUUAAGAGAGCUGAUCCAUUAUACUGUGCAGUCCCAAGAGAUUGCCCAGCACAACCCAAAAUGUGUACUCCAGGAUCCCUUGAAAUGUCAUUGUGCAUGUGCUUCAAAUCUGCAGUCAUAUUCAGCCGUGUGCAAUGCCACAAAUAGUACCCCAGAAUUCUCUUCAGAUCUGAAACGGACCCUGUGAUAUAUGCACAGUUGUCAAUAGGGAUGAGCAAAUCUGUCAGGUUCAAUAUCUCUCAGUUUCUCAUUUUUCCACUCUUAAAUUCAGUUCUCCGCAUUUCCAUAUCAACACCCUCACUGCAGAAAAACCCACCACUUUGAAAAUACACUAGCAUUUAGUACAUAAUUCUCCUUAUAUACACAUUUUGAUAUUCACUUUUGAUUAAUAUACAUAUUUUGCAAAGCAGAUGUCUGAAAUCUAAUGCAACUUCGUGUGGUAUUUUUGCCAAUAUGUGCAUACUUGUGCAUAGCCUAGUAUGUGCAUGUGCAUGUACAGACCGGCAGACAGGCAUACAUACAUAGAUCCCCCAACCCUCCAAUCUUUAGUAUAGCAACCCUGUGAGUUUCAUGGCUAAAUUUGGUAAGCUGGUCUCACAAGACCAUCUGCUUGAAGACGUGUGGCAAAGUCUGGUGCAUGAAGAAAUUAUUCCUAGCAUUUGAACACCACAGGGAUAAGGAUGACCUCAAAAUCACAGGGUAGAUAAGGUAAGUGGGAAGUAAUGCCUUAGAUUUUGUUCAGAGUGAUUUGGAGGCACAUGUCUCCUUUGGAGCUUCAGAAGUUGCAAAUGUUUGUGAAAUGUGAACCUUACUAACCCUUCAGUGGCUCACAUUCUCUUGUGUCACUAGUAGAUGAGUAUUUGUCAUGGAACUUUUGAUUUAUCAAGAUAUCAAAACAUAGAUAUAGUGCAGCUUUUCCUCAACCAGUUGCCUCUAGGCAUUUUGGACAAGCUUUUAAAACAUUUGGAAUGCAAUAGGUUGGGAAAGGCCGCUAUAGAUCAACAAUGUAGAAAGUCAGUUUUGUAUAGAAGUAGAUUUCUGAUAAGUGUUCAGUGGUUUGAGCCUAGUUUAAGGGAACCUGUAUAGAGACAUGCAUUAAUUCAAUUCAGCAAUAUCCAACCUGGCGGCCUCCAGGUGUUGUUCAACUUCAACUCCCAUGAUCCCUCACGAUUGGCCAUGCUGUUUAAAGGCAAUGGAAGUUUUGGUUCACAUCAUCUGGAAAGUAUCACAUUGGCUGUCCCUGGCUUAACCAAAGUUAGGGCCAGUCCAAGACAUUUUAUUGCCUGGGGCAAAAGGCAAUAUGAAACUCCACGUUGUGGAUUUGAGACUCAUGUGCUGGUUUAUUGGGGGCCAGAAUAUGUCCCAAGGGAUCAGGUUUCUGUUUUGAAAUGCUUUGCCUUUCUAUCUGGACCAUGAUUAAUUAGCUUCCCCCAAACAUAAAUGUAGCCAAAUGCAGCUACACACCCACCCUGCCCUUUCUCAGUAUUGAAAAAUCAACCAUGAAUGUUUUCUUUCUGAAUAUUUGUACGAAACCUAAUAUGGCACGGAUAAAAGCAUGAAAUCAUAUCUGAUCAGAGCAUGGAUACUUGAGGCCCCUUCAAAUAAUUUUCCCAUCACAAGAAGGACUGUACAGAGGACUUGUGUCUUUCUGUCUGGGAUGUUCUCUGCUCCUUGAGAAUCCUGAGAACAGUAACCCUGAGGAUUGUCCUCGAUGCACCCAUCAUGACACGUCUGACCACAGGGAAGUCAUGAGAUAAUCAGGGGAUUGUGUAUGGCUAGGUAACACAUGAUGGAACUUAUAUGGAAUGUUACAAACCCUUAGCCCUGCCUAUCAUGGUGAGGGUGACUCUAGCUACUCUGGUUUUAGGCUUCAAGCCACAGGCUCACUGAAUUCAAUGGGAGUUUUUGCUUCCCGUGGUCCAAAGGUUUUAAGAAUUAACGAUAUCCAAAGCCAUUAAGCUAGUUGUGCCGACAGACAAGGUCAUGACAUGAAAUCCUGCUUGGAAGAGACUCUGCCUUGAAUUUUUUUCUGUUGAGUCAAACCUGACUAACAGGGCAUUAUAUAGAGCCCGUUUUCCUUUUGGCCUUGUUCACACUGUGGCAUUAUCUACCAGAGGAUUUGGUGAUGGCCACCAACUUAGAGGGUUUUUAAAAGAGAAUUAAACUAUACAUGGACAAUGUGGCCGCAUGUCCUGUUUCACAAGUUCGGUUUUAAAGCCAAAGAACCCCCAAGAAGGGGAAACAAGUGCUUUGGGGUUGUCUCUCAACAGUUAGCAGCACCUGGACGGCAGACUAGGCAGGCACAAAGGCACUAGGUGGACAAAAGCAGGGCAGUGAUAUUGUCGUGUUUAUAGGAUACCCAUAGGAUGCUGGACUAGAUAGUGUCAUCUUAAGUUAGGUUCAGUUGUGGGUGAGGUUUGGUAUGGACAGUGUGUCUUCACACACACACACACACACACACACACACACAGUUGUUUCUCAAUGAAAACAAAUCAGAGAAUGUCAAGGGUAUUAAUGUCUCAUUGAAUUCAGUAGAAUUUGAGCAUGCUUAACUUUCUCUGGAUACAUUAACAUGGGUGAUUAGAUCCCACUAAGGCUGUAAACCUAAGCAAACUCCUCUGGGACUCCAACAGGACUUGCUUCAAGUAGACAUGCAUAAAAUUACACUCACACAUGUAAUGCUCCAUAAGAAGAAUUUGUCUAUUUCAUAUUGAUGACUGAUUAGUCUUUCUAAUUCAUUGCAGGUGUGAUUUUUACACCUAGUUCCUAAUCCAGUCCUUUUGGCUUUAGCAGAAUUGCCAGCUCCUUGUUCUUUCUGCAUGGUUCUUUUCUCUCUUUCUCUCUUCUGAAAAUUUAAAUCCCAUCUAUCUCCAGUACAUGGCACAUGAAAAAAGUAAGACAAGGAAAAGAAGGGUAAAUAUUUAAAAAUGUGCAUUGAUUCAGAUGAUGUUCCGAAAAUGUAUGCUAAGCCUACAAACAAAAAUCUUAAGCUGCUUCCUCCUGCUGUGCUUUACAAUAGAAGGAGAGUGAAUUUAAAUUCUGCUCUGAAAAAACUAAUCUGGAUUUGCCAUUUCACUCGACAUGCAGGGAUGUCUGCUUGGGUGUUUGAAGAAAAUGUUAUUAAUGUGCAGAGGGGAUGCCUUAUGAUUUAGGAGUUCAGAUUUUGCAAGGUUUGUCGUAGCUAACUUGGUGAGGAAUGGCCACAUGCUUCGCUACGAUCUAUUCAACUCAGCUUCUCUUAAAUGCCAUUACUUUGUUUAGAAAACUGAAGUGGAAGAAGAGAUAUUGUGCUUUGUAAGAUUAAACUGAUGGGGCAAAAAGCAAAGUUUCAGGAGAUCAGAUGAGACAGCAGAAAAGGAAGUGGGAGUACAGACUCAGAUGGGGCAUGAAUGCCACUUAAAAACUUGAUGGGUUUAGUGGUUUGCGGCAACACUGGUGGUGUACUUCUCAUUUUUGCAGAUUCACUGACCAUACAUAUAGUGAUCAACUGCAUUACGCCAAUGUGUGUGGCCCUGAAAUCACUACAGGCUGAUAAGAAUUUUGACUGUCAUAGACUAUGAAAGUAAAGGUUUCAGAGGAGGCUUAAUAUAAAGGAAAUCUUGGAAGUUUGGACAGGUAUUGCUUAAAAUGCUGGGAACUGAUGCACAUUUGUUGCAUUGCUGAAUGGGUAAAUAGAAGCUCAGCUUUCUUGAAAUUACUCUUAGGAUCCCAUUUAUUACUGAAAUAACUGUGGAACAUCAGAAGGACUGAAGUAGCUUGUGUUGUGCAGUGCACAGUUUGGUUUAGUAUUACAUCUGAAGCCGACUCCUGGUUUGUUUUCCCCUAACAAACCAUGGGCGGUAAGAAAAAUCACAUUCUUUUGCUUUGCUUGCACUGUACACUUUCUUCCAGCCCCACUUCUUUGAUUGAAAUAGGUAUGUGCAAGUUUUGUGUGAGUUCUGAACAUUCAUUCAAGUACUUUACUUUUUUUCCCUGUGCCUGUGUGUAAAGGAACAGAUCCUAUCUGCUGAAGGAAGAAAAUACUCUGGCAGUAUUAAGUAGCUGUUACUGACAUUCCCACAGAUUCUUACAUCACAGAGAUUUCUGCAUAAAAGAUGCCAGAGACUCUGAAUAUGUGACUGAAAGUGAAUUUUCCAUGUUUAUACUCGAAGAAAGAUAUCUUACUUUUGUGAUUAUUUUGUUUUGCUUCAGUGCAAGUUAGUACCUAUUACCACUGCCUUUGCAUAACAGGUAAGAUUUGUACUCUUAAGUGUUGUUUUUUUCACUUUCACCAGCUGUUAGGUUGCCAGGGAAUGACACUUUUGUUAGAAUGCAUGAGAGAGUUGUAAAAUGGUAUCAUCUAAUAAAGAAAUGAUUUUACCAAUCAGA